AAAAUCGUCAAAACAAAAUGAAGAGCUUGAACACUGUCGAAACUGUUAAGGUCCCAAAGGGUGUUACCAUCACUGUCAAGGCUAGACGUGUCGCCGUUACUGGUCCAAGAGGUACUUUGCAUAGAAACUUCCAACACGUUCAACUCGACGUCUUCGUUGAACAACCAACUGAAGAAAAUAACUUCACUAGAGUUGUCGUUCAAAAGUUCCACGGUAACAGAAGAGAAUCAUCUCUCGUUAGAACUGUUGCUACCCACAUUCAAAACAUGAUUGUUGGUGUUACCAAGGGAUACAAGUACAAGAUGAGAUUCGUCUAUGCGCAUUUCCCUGUCAACUGUAAGAUUUCUGACGACAAGAAGAACAUUGAAAUCAGAAACUUCUUGGGUGAAAAGAGAGUCAGAAAGGUCGACAUGAGAGAAGGUUGUGUUGUUGAAGUUACUGGUCAAAAGGACGAAAUUCAAAUUACUGGUAAUGAUUUGGAACUUGUCUCCAACUCUGCUGCCGCUAUCCAUCUUGCUACCCUCGUUAAGAACAAGGAUAUUCGUAAGUUCUUGGACGGUAUUUACGUCAGUGAAAGAGGCUUCAUAAAUGAAGAAGUUGAAUAUGAAUAUUAAACACAUUAAAAAUAAUUCCAAAAAUUCUAUAAU